AUGACCUACAAUGAAGAGGAGAGCGAUAUUUAUGAGCUUGCCGAAGAGCUCGACAAGAUGUUUGACGAUCUCUACAAAAAGGCAUUUAUCGAGGCACAAGCAGAGGCACAGCUACAGGCUGAGCUCAUCAAGGAUAUGUGCUCUAUUUGUGGCCACAAGCCUGUCCCUUACAAGCGUCCACCCCAACCACCCGCCGAAGAAGGUGCUGCUGCACACCCACCCGUCGACGAAAUGACACCCGUUCCACUGCUCCUCUGCGAGGGUAGUUGCUUGCGUGCAUUCCAUCUCCACUGUCUCGGUCUGCCCGUCGAUACCAAGCCACCCUGGAUGUGUGAGGACUGUCACCAGGGUCGUCCCGUGCUCCACUUUGACUCGCAGCGACAGGAAUACUUUUACUACUACUAUGAAGGCGUGUUGGGUGGUGAUGACGACUCUGAAACAUCGACCUCGGGCUACGAGGGCAACGAUGAGAUCGUCUCGGACUUGGGAACACUCAGCAAGGAGGAAAAGAAGGAUCUCCGUCAAGAAGAAGAGACCCACCGUGUCCGUGACAUGUACUUUGAUCCAGUGUGGUGCAUGUGGCGAUGCAAGUCACGUGUUGUCAUGAAACAACGAGAAGAAAGACAACGACCCAUCCUAUCACAAGCAACCAAAUCAAAACGUGUCCUUAAACAAAACAAAAAAGGUCCAAGAAAAAGUAGAGCUGAUUGCAGAGCUAGCACUAUAGUAUAUAGUAGUUUAGUCGUAGUGAAGAUGUUAUCGUUACUUGGUGCCACACAAGGUGGUUCAUCUUGUAACAAGGUCAAGCUUCUUGGUGCUGCAUUGCAACAAUUACAAUUAUAUAAUGGCAGAUCAUUCUCGUCGGUGGUGUCUUCAUCUAGCUAUACAACAAAUAACACCACAACCUGUACAUCUUACUCAUAUAAUAAUAACAAUAACCAACAAAAUAGAAUAUCAUCACAACAAAAUAACAGAACAUAUAGUACUAAAUCAACAGGAGGAUCAAAAAAGACAAACAACAUAAAAAAAAAGGAAGAAGAGUUUGAUUAUGAAUCAUUCACCAACAACCCUUACGACAAUAUAGUAGAUACUGAUUUGGAAGAGUUUGAAGAGGAAUCAGAGAUUACAAGAAACAUGCCAAAGCGCGAAUUUGACAAGGGAUUUUCUUUCAACCGUACGUUGCCAGAGAAACAGAGCGAUCGUGCACAAGACAACCUCGACGCCAUGUCGUCGCACUAUGACGUGCGUCUCCGCUCGCAGUACGACAAGUUGUUCUCUCAACAACUCAACAAGCGCAACAACACUGCACAUAUCGACCAACUCGACAAGUUUGACAUUCGUUCGCCCAUAGCUCCCCCCUCGGCCGACGACACGGUACACCAUCCCGAGAUGUCGGCCGAUUGGGCUCAACGCGACUUUGACGAGUUUGAAGACGAGGAAGAAGUGGAAGUUGACGAGGAAGACGAGCUCAAUAACAUGGACGCCGACACAUUCACCCCCUUCAUCCCAGCACGUCCCAAGGUACGUACUGAAAACACCUACAAUGGUAUUGCUCAUGGCUACUCGAAGCGUAAGGACGCCAAGGCAACCGCCUACAUCAAGCUCGGCAGUGGAGAGCUCCUCAUCAACGGAAGAACCCUCACCGAGUACUUUGGCAACUGCAUCACCUACAAGGAUGCCGUCAUCCGUCCACUCGUCAUCUCGGAAACCUUGAUGAAGUGGGACAUCAACAUCAAGGUGAUUGGUGGUGGCAUCAAGGGGCAGUCCGAGGCCAUUUGCCGUGCCCUCGCCCUUGCCAUCUCCAACUAUGAUCUCGGAUACAGAAUGGCUCUUCGUUUUGCCGGUCUCCUCAAAAACGAUAUCCGUCGUGUCGAAAGAAAGAAACCUGGUCAACUCAAAGCCAGAAAGAAAUUCCCAUUGGUCAAACGUUAA